UUAGCGAAUGCUCUGUUGCUGUUCUACACUACACGACAGUCAGUGUGCGCGGAUCGACCUGUCGCUCCGAGAAAAUCUAUAUAAAAGUGUCGAGCAUUCAUAAUUUCUUCUUUAUUUGUUGUCCAAAGGUGCUACCGAAAAGAGUGCUGCUGCUGCGACAACAAAUACAAGGGGAACAGGUCCACGAAAAGCGAACUGCUUUACUGACGACGAAAAAUUGGCCAUCGGGCAACUGGAAGCAAUCACCUCGACCACCCGCGGAAUCCCAAUAUUCGACCAGUUAAAAACGAAGCUAUCGCGUUCGCGUGACUAUCCUCUCCGAUUAAAAGUUCGCCCUGAAAUUGUGCUACCAAAACCACCUCGACAUGCAUUACCGAACCGCAGCGAUAUGGAACCUGAUCGGUUGCUUGGCCGUUCUAGCCGGAACCUCCUGGGCGGCGUAUGAAAGACCCGCAUACGUACUGCCCUGCCGGCGGAGCGACCCGGAAAUCAACAAAUGCAUCAAAAACUCCUUCAACUACAUCCGGCCGUACAUUGCCGGGGGGCUGGCCGAGCUGAAAACUCCGCCACUGGAACCGCUCCGAAUCGAGCAGCUCGCCAUGGAGAACAACGCCGGAGCGGUGCGCAUCAAGGCCCUCUUUACCGACAUCGUUGCGCUCGGCGCCGGAAACUACACCAUCAAGGACGUGCGCAGCGACGUGAAGAAGCUCCGGAUCGACUUGAGUCUGGGCAUUCCGCGAGUGGAAACCCGUGGCAAGUACGAGGUCAUCGGCAAUGUGCUGCUGCUGCCGGUCCGAUCCAACGGAGAGUUUUGGACUGAGUUCUCUGAUAUCAGUGCCAUCGCUAAGAUCUACGGCAAACCACUUGAGCGCGAUGGUGAAACCUUCAUGAGCGUGGAGAAGAUGCUGGUGGACUUCACCAUGAAGAAUGCCCGCUUCAAGGUCAAGGACAACAUCAACACCCAGAAUGUGCUAGGCGAAGCCAUCAACCAGUUCCUGAACCAAAACGCCAACGAGCUGAUCCAGGAGAUGAGACCGGCGGCGUCCCAGAGUAUCGCCAAGCUGUUCCGCAAGUUCCUGAACGAUGCCUUCAGUAACAUCCCGAUGCGGUUGUGGCUGCUGGAGAACUAAGACCCCCUCAUGGGUUGAUGCGAGUGCGCGAGUGCAAUAGAGCCAGAGAGAAAGGGAUCCUUCCAAUAGCCGAAGUCUGCGUGUGUGUGUGCGUUUGAGUGUGUUGCGUUGCGUUUGUGAGCUAGAUGAUAAGCGCUUCUGCCUAGUUCUGCUAUAAGUGAUAUUUUGAUAGGACGUAGUGAGAGAGGUACCCUUUUUCUACAUAGUUGGUCAAUAAUAGCGUCAAAGGUGGAGAAAAGAAGCACAUGAUCAAUGUUAAAUUUCUGGAAAUCGACCAAACCGACAAACAAGUUAUUAUUUAUUGAAGAUGUAGUAGAACUGUUGUAAAAUGUGUAUUUUCUGUUAAUGUAAUAUUCGUGUUUCCUUGUCGUACGCUGCCUCUCCGGAUUAGGUGCGAGAGGUAUCCCGCGGAACGAAGAGGAACGACAGAAACGUACAAAAUCUUAUUGCGAAAUACGAUCGUCUAGUUUGUAAGCCACAUAUGAUUGUAAAUAUGACUAAAAGUAUUUUAUCGUGUAAUUUUAUUUUUAUAUAAAAACACAAAAUCGACACGAGAAAAACAGAAAUAAAAAUUGUACACGAAUGAAA